UCUGCUGGGACAGUAUAUUUGCUCUUUCCUGUUUCAUGUCGGACUUAUGGGUCAUGAUAUAAAGACUCCGAAACGCGUUGGAUUGAAGAUUGUCCUUCGGGACAAUGAAGACAAGUUUCCCCUGGACGUUAGUAAAGUUGCUCACCGUGUCAGCUGUGCUCGUCCUGUCUGUUCAGGUUCUCGUGCGUACACUGAUAAAAGAACCAAGUCCCGUUCCUGCGGAGGCGUACAGACUUUUAUCUCCUGAAACCUACCAGUACCUCCUCAACCAGCCUGCAGCCUGCAGGCAAAGGAGCCCCUUCUUAGUUUUUAUGGUCCCAGUUGCCCCUCAGGAGGCUGAGGCAAGGGAGGCCAUCAGGAAAACAUGGGGUGCUCCGCGCCCGGACACCCUCACCCUCUUCUAUAUGGGGCUUCCUGACUCGGGGCAGGUGUCAGGUUUCCAGGACAUGCUGGAGGAAGAGCACAGGAAACAUGCAGACAUCAUCCAGAUGACGUUUCUGGAGAGUUACCAGAAUCUGACAAUCAAGACCAUGAUGAUGAUAAAAUGGGUGGUGACCCACUGCCCAAACGCCUCCUAUGUCAUGAAGGUGGACUCUGACAACUUUGUGAACGUGUUCUACAUCCUCAGAUGGCUGAGGAGCUUGCCUCGACAGCGUUUCAUUACAGGAUCUGUGAUAAGUGACGGCAGACCGAGGAGAGACAAGAGUAAAUGGAGUUUAUCAGAGGAGCAGUACCCUGAGGACAGCUUCCCCCCUUAUGUAUCUGGAGCUGGGUAUGUCUUCUCUGCAGACCUGGCUGCCAGGAUCUCCUGGGCAUCCCGGUUUGUCCCAAUGAUCUCUUUGGAGGAUGUCUAUGUGGGGUUGUGUUUGCGUGUGCUUGGCAUCCGGCCGGUGUAUGCUAUCAGUCUGCCUACCCUCAGGAAUCUGUUUGAAUUAAGGAUGCUGGAGUACAACAGGUGCAUCUUUGCAAAACUCAUAAUUGUUAAUGGGUUUAAGCCAUCAAAGCUGCUGCAGGCUUGGGAGGACUUCUCCAAAGGCCACGCUAGCUGCUGACAGCCCCAAGGGCCUCACAAUAGAGACUGACAUGAGUGGCCUGCUGCACAGGGAAGAAAGCCAUUACACACACACACACACACACACACAGUCAGGGGCUGGGGAUGUUCAGGUUUAAAGGCUGAUUGAUCAGUGGGUUUCUCAGCAAACAUAAAAGUUUAUGGAGUGAUAUGUUCAAGGGCUGGAUGGCUAAUUACACCUGCUGAAUAUCAGGAAAUUUAACACGGGUCAUUUUAAAGAGAAAGAAUGUAGCUCUGAAACAGUCAUUUAAUAACUAUGUAAUCAGCAAACAAUCAGCUGUAUUCAUAACUGAUUAAUCUUUUAAGUCAAAUGACUGGAUUUCAUUUCACUGCUUCCUUAUCAGGGCCCUGGUAUUGGUCAUGCUGGCUCAAUCUUUUUAUUGUCAAAUACUGGAAGCCUCAGGAAUGUAUUCAAAUAAAUUUUAAGAGAAUAUAUCACCAAUAUGUCACCACUCUUUAAUUAAACCUGUAGAUAACUAAACCUAUAAAUAACAGACAUGCUGCUAGUACAUAUGACUUUGUUUUUAAAGGUCACAAGCCACAAAAGGUUUGGAACUUCUGGUUUAAGCCAGUUAAGCAAAAAUGCAGAAAAUAUGCUGGUUGCACCUUCUCUAAUUUGAUGAUUUGUUGUAUUUUUUUAUUAUCAUAAAUUGAAUAUCUUUGUGUUUUGGACUGUUGGUCAGAAUAAACAAGCAGUUUGAAGAAUUUUUUACAUAUUGCUGACACUUGACUCAGUUGAUAAUGCAACCUAGGGCUCCAUUUAUUGUCAUUAUCAAUGACUAUUUUGAUCAUUUUGUUUAAUUGAUUAAUUUCAGAAAAAUAUAGAUCCUAAAAACUCAAGGUGACAUCUUCUGAUGUCUUCUUUUGUCUGACCAACAGUGCAAAACCCACACGUGUUCAGUUUACUCUCCUGUAUAUGUGAUCAGAGUGGUUGCAGAUCAGUGAAUCAUUUCUCCAACUGAAUGUCUAGCAAUUUAACAAAUGGCUCACUAUACAAGAGGUGUAAUAGAAUGUAGCCUGUGUUCUUUAAUAAUGAGUUUAACAAAAAUGAGCAAGACAUUUUAUAAUUGAGAAAUUGAUUUGAGUCAUUCACAAAGAAAAUAUCUUGCUUGAACUUAAAGAGAAUGAGAAUUUGCUGCUUUUUCUGUUUUAUAUCAUAAAUUCAGUCUUUUUUUUUCUUAGAUGAGGCGAAAACAAUCAAGAAUCAUCAAAAGCUAAAAUUAGCCAAUCAUUUUCUCAAUUAUUUGAUUAAUGUUUUGGUUUAUAGAAGGACAGAGAACAAGGUGUUUCCACGGUCAGGUCAAAUGGCUUAUGUUGUCUGACCAGUAGACCAAGAUAUUCAGGUUACCAUCGCAUCAAUGACAUCAGAGACCUGGUAGCCUCAAACUUCCUGCAACUGAACAGCGAUGACUAAAAAGUUCCCUAAAAUUCCAGCUGUGUUCUUUUUGUGCAGCUGUGAAAGGCUUGUUUAGAAAGUAAGCUGACUUAUAGGGAUAAAAAAAAUGUUAAAAAUGCAGCAAGUCAUCUCUAGUUGACUCUAGAGUUGCUGAACAUUUGGAUCAGUUGCUUCAGGUGUAAUUGAUAAUCACAAUAACAGUUGUUUGCAGCCUUUUUUUUUAGCUGCUAGUAGCAUUGAAUGACGUUUUAGUCAGGUUACUGUGUACGCUCAUUUCAGCCCCAGGUAUGUGAUGAUAGUGUGCCUAUUUAUACAGAAUGUGUAGCCAGCCAGCAGGUGGCAGUGUGUGUGGCUGACAGGUUCUAGUCCAUAGUGCAAAUGUCAGAUGUGGAUGGACUGACCUGUUGACGGGGGUCAUUACAGUUAGAAGUAGAAGUCUUUUACUCAGCUACAGCAGGUUGACACUGCUGACUGUGAUAUGCUAUGCACCAAAAUGCCUCACAGCUUUAUACUGUACCUGACCUCUGUAUAUUGAAGCUCUGGGUUUAUUUUUACCGCAUAUCACUGUUUGUUACAUUGCUGCCACUGUAUCACUAUCACUGUGCUGCUACAGUACUGUUUUGUUGUUACUAUGCUGCUGCUUUGUUUUCACCAGAGAGUACAACAACACACAAGAUGGCUUCUUGGAAGAAUCUAAAAUUGUAAUCAUAUUUGCGUUGUUUGCAAUAUUUCUGCUCAGGGCAUAAUUCUCUGUGUGUGUUAUUUGACAGAUUUCAUUUCUUCAGUAAUGUCUCUAUUUUUUGCGGUUCUCAUCUACGUACUGUACAUGGGGGGGAUCUGAAUAUUAGGAACACCUCUGAAUAUAAUGCAGUCCAAAGCAACACAACCUUUAACUGUGACCUCAGUAAUGAACAUAUCGUUGAAUUUAUGCAUUGCUAACAAAUUCACCAAAGUCUGAAACAUUUUGAGCUUCAUAAAGAGUGAGGCUUUGGCAUGGCUGUUGUAUUGGAUUGCAAUGUAUUGUACAAGUGUGCAAAGUACAGUAUGUACAUGGGACCUUUGUUUAAAAGGUGUUACAAUUCUUGCUCUGUUGUGAUCUGAUGUACACAUUCAAAGAUGAAAGUUGUCACUUCGUUUCAUUCAAGUUAAUGUGCUGUAUUACUUCAUUAAUCCAAAUA